GUGGAGGCCAACUUCGCAAGCAUGAUCUGGAAGUCAUGAGUGCCUGCUGAGUGUCGAUUCUUCGCGUGGCUAGCAGCAUGGGAUUGCUGCUGGACUGCGGACCGUUUGCAAUGGAGAAGCCUCGACCACCCAGUCCGAUGCCCACUUUGCGAUGAAGAUCAGGGGACUUUGCCUCACCUUCUGAUCGGGUGCGUCUGAGUCCAGGGAAGUGUGGUCGGAAGUUUUUAGUCAUGACAAUGCCAGGAGUGGAUUCCAUAGCAGGAUGGCAUCUUGUUGGACUGGUGGGCUCAGAGGACUGCCCCUCCAGGGCAAAUACAUGAUCUUCACACUGCGUGCAUUUUAACGAUCUGGAGCAUAUGAAAGUAGGGUGGAUAAAUAGAAGGUAAAAGUUUUCUGCGGCAUUGUAACUGUGUAUUCUAUCUAGAAGAAAAAUAUACAAACAAGAAAAGUACAAUGACAUGAGCCCUUUUUUUAAUAGACAAUGACAUGAGACAUGUUUUGCGGGUGGUUCUGUAACUAGUAUAUUGGUAUGUGUAUAAGAUACCUGAAUGGCACCUCUCCCAUUAAUCCAUUCUUUCUGAGGAUGUGCGAGUUACAUACCUUUUUGAACACAUUUGAGUACUUUUAAUUAUCACAUGUACCAAAAUUAACCAUUUCAGUGGGGACAAAACUGAGAUAUGACUGUUAGCCAGAUUCUGCUCCGAAAUCGAAAUUCCAACAAACACAGUUGUAGUUACUUGCAGGCUUCCCUUGUGUGACAAGUAUUCGCUGUAGAUUUGCAUGUGAAAAGUAGGUCUGCAGGACAUGAUCAGGUUUUUCAGUAAAUCAAUGCAGGACCAUAUAUAUUGUCUAAAGAUACAACUUUCUUCAUGACAAACAUCAAAGGUAGGUUAGCCUAAUAUUAUAGUUAUAUGUCCUCUUUAACCUUGUUAGUUGGUGUUGCUUUGUUCCAUAUGUCUCAACUCAUUGGGAUCACCACUGAUGAUUUCUGCUAGUAUGGUUUCCUUUCUCAAAGAAGUUUCUGGCACCACUUUUGUGCCAGUGGUUUCAUGUUAAGCUUAUCAAGUUUCCCGGAUGUGGCGGUGGCCGAGCCAAAUUGAGUUCUUGCCAGCUACUCACUAGAAGGGAAUCAAAGAUCGGCCCAUUCAGAGACCGAGCUGAGGAGCCUUCUCUCAGGGUUUUUUUUCACUCCUAGCUGCUCCAUUUCUAUUUAGUAUGCCUGGUUGUUUUUUCACUGCAGCUUGCUUGUUUUUUCAAGCCUUGUUACUUGUCAUAUAUAUGCUUCAGCAUGUCAUUUGUUCUAUUGGCACUUGGCAGGUGGUGUAGGUCAGUCAAGGCAAUCUGGUUCACCAAACCUCAUAUUCAUUAGGCUUGAGUCUAGCUUUGUAAAGUGAAUGGAGGUUCUUCCCUUAAUCCACAAGAAAAGCUUUUGCUCGUGAAGCUCCGACACAUUCUACCAUGAAACAGCAAAAAGAUAAAAUAAAGGCAUCUGAUCUGCAUUGGUUUACACAACACAGACAAGCCUCUCUGCCAUGGCCAUAAGUACGCACCAUGCACGUAGCUUCUUUCCUGUUGAUACAGGCGCUCUUCGCUCGGACUCCCAUUAUAUUCCCUAAGACUCACAUAGGGGAAAGAGACGGGUCAGGCAGAGGGAGGGGUGUCUUUUGAGUUAGUUUUGUUUCACACAUGAAGAGAAAGGAGCUGAUCAUGAACGUUAUUUUGAUCCUUGCGUGCUUCAUUGUGUGCGCGGCAGGCGCGCUGCAGGAGAAGGCGGAGUCGACCACCCCGAUCCCUACCCUGUCUCCUCCGGAGGGAAACACGAGCUUCAUCGACGGUGUCACCUGGUGCGUCGCGCGGCCGGGAGUCCCCCAGGAGGACCUCCAGAACGCGCUGGACUGGGCGUGCGGCCAGGGCGCAGCCGACUGCUCGCCGCUGCAGCCGGGCGGGCAUUGCUACCAGCCCAACACGCUCCUGUUGCACGCCUCCUACGCCUUCAACAUCUUCUACCAGCAGAACGGCAAUUCCGACAUCGCCUGCAACUUCGGCGGCGCUGGAACCAUCACCAAGAGGGACCCAAGUUUCGGGCUAUGCAAGUUCCUGGCAUCUGAGACUUCUGCUGCUUCAGCGCUCGUGUUGAGGAGCAUGAGGAUGAUCUGUGCUGCGUUUCUGACCAUGCUCCAGCUCAGAGUUUUCAAAGCUGUGCGCUGAGCGCCGUGUGUCGGUGGCUGGGAUGGCUUACUGUGGUGCUACCAAAGUAUGUAAUGCAAAAUCAACAAUGCUAUGGUGGUUUCUCCUUUUUUGCACUUAUGCAAGGAACUUUUUCUGUAAUUUUACAAGGACAUGCCUUCGGAGUAUAUAUCUAUAUUUUAUUAAAAGGUUAUUGAAUGCAAACUGAAUAUAGGAAGUGCCCACUGGCCACUGCCACCUUUUCUCCUCA